AUGCCUUUCUACGAAGUCCACCACUCUUGUCCUCUCACACAGGACCAAUGUCAAAACCUAGCAACUGCAAUUACGAGGCUUCACUGCGAAGCCUUCAAGACACCAGCAUUCCUGGUCCACGUACGCUUCUUUACAGAAGACAACACCGACAACACUUACUUCGUCGCUGGAAAACCUCAUCCUCUUACAUCAAAUCGCAUUUCUGGAAACGUUCGCACAUCUGCAGCCCGAUCGAAAGCAGAUUUCGAUGAGCUCGGUGCUAAGAUAGAAGCAGCUUGGUACGAAACGCUUCAAGUCACAUCGCCGCCCGAGAAGUCAGCAUGGAGCGACGAGGAUGAGAAGACAAGGCUAAUUAUGGUGAGAUUCGUACCGCUGGUCACGAUUCGUGAGGGAGGAAUGGCUGCGCCUGAGGCUGGCGAGGAAGAAACUUGGCUUAGAGAGCAGAUGCCCCAUAUCGAAAACAUGGCUAAUAAAGGCGUCGGGGACUUCAUUGACUUCUGGAAUGAAAUCAAGGGGAACAAGGAUGGACCUUAUGGCUCAGUCAAAUUCGAUUCUGAACGAGCUGUUGACUCGUCCGCCAGAGCAAUUUCUGAGGGUCAUGAUGCCUUGAAAGCUCACCUACUCUCUGAUAAUGUGUUUCUGUGCAUAAAGCCAGGAUACAUCGAGACAGCAGACUUUUCUUUCUCCUUAUGGCUCGAGCCAGCGAACAGGCUUACUGUUACUAGCACCAGUACCUCUUUUCUUGCGGAGGAUCGGGGUACAGAAGAUAUUAUAGGCUGCCUUGCUCAAGCAGGAGACUGGUUGACUAAAGUUGCUCAUCCAGAAGAUGUCGCCUCUUACGUCAAAGCAAAUUCACGUCGUGUGGCCAAGCCCAUAGACAAAAGAGGUCCUCCUCCUCCGCCUGAGCAUUGGCGAUCGAGCCACGACACACUCAAAUCAAUCGUCGAUGAUCCGAAACUACAUGAAGCGGCCAUCGAAGCAUUAAAGCAGCACAGAGCCAAGACCACAGAUGCUUCAUCUUCCAAUGUAAAACCUCAGGAUUCCCAUGAUAUAGAUGCCACGUACAUCCUUACCUGGUGGAAUCAAACAGCGGGUGAGCUUCUCAGUCUUUACGAUGCUCAAGUGCACCCAUCCUGGAUCUUGUCUGUAAAGGCUAUGCCAGAUAAACAUUUCCGCACUGGUUCAACAACUCUAGCGUGGUUCUUUACCAAUGGGGCCUGA